CAUUUUACUUCCUAUUGGUAUCUGAUCGAUGGAGGGCUCAUUUUUCUGUGUGUUUAAGAGGGUUCUCCUCUUCCUCUCUCUCCACGUCCUCAUGACUUGCUUCAUGCACCAAGGUUAUACUUAUGGAGUAGAAGGGAAGAUUGCAAGCCACACUGUGUCAGUUAGCUCUCUAUUGCCUUCUCCUUCUUGCUCACCUUCCACUACCAAAGCUAGCAACCGAAAGUCGACCAUGGAGGUAAUUCACAAGCAUGGCCCAUGCUCUCAGCUUGUUCAAGACCACAAUCCUCUGAAUCACACCAAAAUCCUGCUCCAAGAUGAAUCAAGGGUCAAGUGGAUCCAGUCCCAAUCCUCCAACAGCAGCGACAGCCUAAAAGCUUCGGCAGUGGCCCGUCUUCCAGCGAAGUCUGGCAUCACCAUCGGCACUGGCAACUACUUAGUGACGGUCGGCCUUGGCACGCCAAAAAAGGACCUCACUCUCAUUUUCGACACCGGCAGCCCUCUCACGUGGACCCAGUGCAAGCCUUGCGUGGGAUCUUGCUACAGUCAGUCUGACCCAAUCUUUAACCCAUCGCAAUCAUCGUCCUAUGCUAAUGUCUCGUGCGGCUCAAAAUCAUGCUCUCAACUUACUUCCGUCCUCGGUGGUUCACAAUGCAGCGGAUCGACAUGUCUAUUUUCCAUCCGAUAUGGCGACAAUUCGUCUUCGAUAGGCUUCUUCGCAACUGAGAAGUUGACCAUAUCGCCCACAGAGUUGAUCGACAAUUUCAAAUUUGGCUGCGGUGAGAACAACCAAGGCCUCUUUGGCAGAGCCGCAGGGUUGAUUGGACUCUCAGACAACAAUAUCUCCAUCGUGGAACAAACUGCGGCCAAAUAUGGCAAGUAUUUCUCCUACUGCUUGCCCUCUUCCACUAGCUCCACUGGACACUUGACUUUCGGCAAGGACAGCGGAGCACCGAGCUCAGUUAGCUUCACGCCGUUAUCUAUGGUCCCACAAAGCUCACAAUUCUAUGGAAUAAGUAUCGUAGGAAUUAGUGUAGAAGGAAAUCCUCUAUCAAUACCAUCGACGGUUUUUUCAAGUGGAGGUGCCAUCAUCGACUCGGGAACUGUCAUUACCCGAUUGCCUCCAACAGCCUAUAGCGCCUUGCGAACCGCAUUCAGGAAAGCGAUGGCAAAUUACACGACAGGCCCGGCAGUUUCCCUUUUCGAUACUUGCUAUGACUUUAGCAAAGAGAGCAUAGUCGUGAUCCCAUCGAUAACAUUCUCUUUCGCCGAGGGAGUAGACAUCGAUUUGGACCCUAGCGGGAUAUUUUACGUCGAGAGGGCCUCACAAGUUUGCCUAGCGUUUGCAGCGAAUGGUGCUGAUAGUGAUCUGGUCAUUUAUGGUAAUGUGCAGCAGAAAACGUUUGAAGUUGUGUAUGAUGUUGCUGGAAGAAAGCUAGGCUUUGGUCCAAAUGGCUGUUCCUAAGAUGGAUGGAUUAAAACGAAAGUUAUUUAUAGAUAUACUCCAUAACAAUUAGGAGUAUACAAAUUGAAUAUGUCAUCAUCAACUUUCGCCAUUAUUGAUUAAACGUUUUGAAUUUUAACAA